UCUUACGGAGACGAUUAUUUUUUUCGUUUUAAAGAGAUAAAAGUAAAAUAAGUUACUUUUCAUGCAAUUACAUUGCAUGCUUUGUAAAUUUCCAGUCCGGAGCUGUCAAAUGUCACUGUCAAAAUUAAUGACAAUCAGCUGGUAUAAUUAUAAUGGAACUUUUAUUAUUAAAAAGGAUUUUUAAAUAAAAAAUGAGUGAAGUAAUAGUCCUUUGCAAUGGAUACUCAACUAUUAGUGAAGCAGUCGAUGAAAUGACAGCAAAUUGUACUUGUACAUUAAUUAAAGGCGUUCAAAAUAUAAUUGUAGAUACCAUGACAGCUUGGGAUGCAGAUAAGAUAACAACAGCUCUAAAGUCACAGGACCUUAUACCUGAUGACAUAAAUUUCGUUGUCUCAACUCAUGGCCAUUCUGAUCAUAUAGGAAAUAAUAAUCUUUUUCUCAAAGCAAAACACAUAGUCGGCUUCAGUAUAUCUUAUGAAGACAAAUACUAUAUAUUUCCUUUUGAUAAAGGAGAGGAAUAUGUCAUAAAUGACACAGUGAAGGUAAUUCCAACACCAGGCCAUACACUGUCAGAUGUUACAGUACUUGUGAAAUCUAACAAAAAUGAACUAAUAGCCAUUGCAGGUGAUUUAUUUGAAAAAUAUGAAGAUAUAAAUGAUCCUAAUAUAUGGUUAGAAGCAGGGAGUGAGGAUAAAGUUCAACAGGCGAGAAACAGAUCUAAAAUAGCUGAUUUAGCUAACUGGAUAAUACCUGGACAUGGUCCAAAGUUUCAAGUUACUGAAGAAUCAAGACAAACACUUAGAAAACAGAUUAAUUAAAGAAUAUUAUUAUAUUUAAUCUAUUAAUUUUCCUUCCAUAAUGCAGUAAUAAA